UACGGGUUAUCGCAUCAAAUAUGCCAAAUGUUAUAAGCUUCGAAGCCUUCUUACGUAUACCAAGUUUUUUUUAUCGCAGCGUUGGCGUUGACUUGUGGAACACUAAUGGCGGUCCACUCCAGAAUGCUGUAUUUUACUUCGGCUUGAUUAAUCUUAACAUCUGGCUACUUUCCGAACUGAUUUUCUCAGUUUUAAUGGUCAGUAAGAAUUUCAUACAAGCAACUAUGACGCUUUCUUAUGCUGGUUUUGUACUCGUCGGUACCAUAAAAAUGUUCUAUAUGCGGCGUAAGAAAGCCGAGAUGACACGUUUUCUGCAGCUUAUGUAUACCAUAUUUCCACACACUGAGCCGCAGCAGAAAAUGAUGAACUUGCGUAGGCACUUGUGUCAAUGCACGAUUGUAAUGAGCGGCUUUGCAACAAUCUUCAUGCUACUUAUUUGGACCUACAAUCUUUAUCCAUAUAUGCAACGUCAAAUCUACGAUUGUUGGUUGCAAGUGCGCAGUGUUAACAAAACGCUGCCCUAUGAGAGCUAUAUUCCUUGGAAUUGGCAUGAUCAUUGGAGUUUCUAUCUUUACUAUACUUUACAAAGCAUCGCUGGCUAUCAUUCGGCUUCGGGACAGAUUGCUAGUGAUUUGGUAUUAUGUGCUAUGGCGACGCAAAUUAUUAUGCAUUAUGAGUAUGUUGCACAGACGAUAACUGAGUAUCGACCGCAAUUAGUUGAUUGUAAAAUUUCGAGAGCGCCGAGGCUUAAUGCGAGAGCGAGCAAAGCUUAUUGCAAGGAUAUGAAAUUUCUUUGCGACAUAAUUGCAUAUCAUGCCAAUAUUUUGAGUUUGUCGGACAUCAUGAAUGAAGUUUUGGGUGUGCCAUUGUUGGUGAACUUUAUGACUUCGUCAUUUGUAAUUUGCUUUGUCGGCUUCCAAAUGACUAUGGACGCUGAACCGGACUAUAUGGUUAAGUUGUUUCUUUUCCUCUUUUCGUCGCUGAUUCAAAUUUACUUAAUUUGCCAUUACGGGCAGCAACUGAUCGAUGCGAGUAGCAAUGUAGCUCGAGCCAUUUACAAUCACGAUUGGAUCCAUUCACAUGUCCAUUAUCAACGUAUGCUGGUGUUAGUCGCCGCGAGAGCUCAAAAGCCAGCAAUGUUAAAGGCUACAAGCUUCGUGCAUAUCUCUCGUGGUACGUUAACAGAUAUAAUGCAAAUUUCCUAUAAAUUCUUCACUCUCAUCCGCACAAUGUACAGUAAUUAAAGUCAUUGUUGAUCCGAAUGCUAUUGCUGUUAUUGCUGUUGUUCUUGUUGUUGUUGCUGUGGUUUCUGUUGCUCAUACGCGUAUGUAAGUAAGUACAUGAUGACCACAGCUGUUCGCAUGACAAAUUAGGAAUUCCAUA